CGAAGACAGGCGGAAACUUGUUGUGGAUUCAGAGGCUUGCAAGAUGAAAAUUUAUUCGAUUUAAAUAUUCUGACCAAAGACUUCCAAGAUGUGGUGUUUCUGCGUGAUAUUGCUGUUUGCCAAUUUCGGUGAUGGAAAAUUCCCUGGGGAGGAAAAAUAUGAAGUAGGAACAUUGGAAGGGGAUGUGCAAAACUGGGCGGUCCUCAUUGAGAACUACAUCCUCCAGUUGGCGUAUGAGGGUAUCAACCAGCACUACACACAGGGGUACCUGGACAGCGCCAUGUAUCAGCCUCAUACCAAGAAUGGGGAGGAAAUUGUACGUGUCGUCAAGGAUAACCUUGCUAACUAUUUUGAACAGAAAAAAACAGCUGCAGAGAAGUUGAUGCGUCAGGUGCAGAAGCUGUAUGAUGAGUUUGUGCAGACCAAUGGCAGUGCCAAUGUGGACCGCUUACUUGACCUCCCGAAACACAUCUAUGCGGACUCCGAUAUCCCGGAACGCUUGCCUCCCAAUAGAAAAUUCAACCCAUAUUUCAAGCAGCAGGUGAGCUGGGAGCAGUCGUCUGUGAAGAUCGCUGACGAGGUACCACGCGAUGACCCCGGCACCAUCGACACAGUCUACUUCACCACAAUGCUUGAUAGUCUCUUCAAGGAAAACCAAAAGGCCGACCCCACGCUCAGGUGGCAGUAUUUUGGUUCUACAACAGGCAUGGUUCGUGAGUACCCAGGGCGGGAAUGGUCAACCAACUUUGCAGGCUUCUACAACGACUACGACCCACGAGUGAGGCCCUGGUACAUCGCAGCCACCAGUGGACCCAAGGAUGUAGUCAUUAUUCUCGACUGCAGUGAUUCCAUGAAGGGCGAGAAGUUCAGCAUUGCGAAGGCCGUGGCCAAGACAGUUAUCAACACACUGACCAAACAAGACUAUGUGAACGUGAUCUGUGCCCGGGCUAGUUACUGGGAUGAAGUGGGAAAGUGGCACUUUUACCAGACGACAGUUGUGAGUUGUGAACAGAAGCACAUGGUUCCCGCCACCAUCGCACACAGGAAGGACCUCAUCAAGAACAUACAGGACCUCAAACCGGGGGGAACCAGCGAACUAGAGGCUGGUUUUGACCGAGCGUUUGACCUAUUGAAGAGCAACCCCCGUACAGGCUGCCAGUCGGUGAUUGUGUUUGCCACAGACGGCCAGGACACAGACGGGGAGGAUGUGCGCUGUGGACCAGGCUACUACACAAGGAGUGGGUAUGUACCAGGCCCUGUCUGUCGUUACAACUGGACCAAGGUCUGGACCAUAGCUGAUGCCAAAAAUGCCUACCUCAGUCCACAGACCCGGAUCUUUAGCUACCUGAUCAAGGAGGAUGCCGAGAAGUUCCCCGGCAAGCUAGCCUGCAGCCAUGGUGGAAGUCUCCUGAAGCUGACCACCGGUGAGAACCUCAUCUCUCAGAUGAGCAACUACUUUGAGUUCCUGUCCACGAAUGCCGAGACAACCAAAGCCCUGUGGACCUCGCCCUACCUGGAUGCCUGGGGCCUGGGAAUUAUGGUCACACAUGCCAUACCAGUCAUUAGCAAGAUCACUAAGAGGACGAUUGGUGUGGUGGGUAUAGACGCCACCCUUGACAAGCUGGAGAACUUUCUCACCAAGCACCAGUGGGGCACAGUCUAUUCCUUCCUUAUCAACAACCAGGGGGAGACAAUCUUCCACCCAAAACUCAAACCCAGCACUAACCUACUGGAGGACCCCAUAUUUAUUCCCAUAGAAAAGUUGGAGCAAAACCAGCGAAAAAAUAAUGAACCACUUGAGUUCUCCCUGAUUGUACAGGACAUGAAACUGGGGAAGGAGGGAUCUCUGAGAAUAGACAAGGCUGUUGAUGGCAAGCCUAGGACAUACUACUAUGCUGGCCUGAACAACUCGGAGUAUUCAUUUGCUUACAGCAUCGCUGACACAGACAUGGAGUUUCUCCGAUCCCAAGAGCCAACCAACCGGACAAUAUACAAGACAAGCUACUUCAACCUGCUGAAGGAGUACAACAGUUCCCUGGCCCGUUCUCUCCUGCCUCUGGGCACGUUUGAGGAGAUAGAGGUUAAAGAAAAUGAGCCCAAGUACCCGGGCUUGCGUAUCACAGACAAAUACUCCACCAUUUUCCUUGCCCCCAUGUCCUACUGUGACCCCAUUGAGUACAUAUAUGAUGACAACCUGGACAGGAAAACUGUUGAGGCUCAUAAGUGGAUCAACAGUUAUGAGCCUGAUGUGGGAUGUGAGAAAGGGGAGCAGAAGUUUGAACAGGGUGUUAGGGCAGAUGUUUUAAUCACCCAGCCGAUUGAAGAGAUAUGGAAGAGUCGGAAGUUUGAGUCCCUUAGUCAGAUCAAGUGGACGAACGUUGGUCUUCGCAGUGGAGUGUUCAGAACCUACCCUGGUCACAGAUCUCGCCGAACUUACGACCCAACAAAGAGGCCAUGGUACCGGAGGACAAGCGCUGCCCCUCACCAGAUCUCAAUCUCCACGCCCUACAUGGAUGCUGCUGGGGUUGGCAAGAUCAACACCAUAUCACAGGCAGUCUUUGAAGGAAUGAAGGUGAAGACUGAGGAAGAAUGUUCCAACUUCUCACUGACAGGACCAUGGCCGGGGGGCUGCAAGUGUAAUGUAGAUGAGGACUGUAUCAUAAAGGUUUGUUACCUGAGCCAUGCGGAGGAUGCAAACGAUCACCGUCGGUGUGCAACGGAGCGUGUGGAGGCCGUGACGGGCCUGGACAUUCUGUAUGAUGACUUCCAGAACAAGACCAUGGACAGCAUGGAGGCUUCAGACUUCAAGAAGUCCUGUGGCCUGUUGUAUGAUUGCCCGGAUGGGGAGCCUGGCUGUUCCACUAGGUGUUACCUGUUUGACUCCAACGCGUACCUGAUAAUGGACCCUGACUUCCUGACUGCCAGUGACCUUGAUGAGAGCAAGUAUGAGCGUGUUCAGCUGGGCAAAAAGGAGGGUGAGGUGAUGAAGGACCUCAUAUACAAACAUGCAUUCAUUCGCCGAACUGAGAGGCUAGAUUUCCAGGGCUCUUGUAGGAUCACGCCUGAGGAACCCAAGGUGACUCUGGAGGGCAUCCCUAAGAACCCAGAGGAGCAGGAUGACUAUAUCCGUAACAAGGGCCCGAUACCCAAGUUCAACAGCGAGUUUGGCUGUAUACAGGAUGUUGUUGGAUACUCGGUCAAUGAGACUGCUUUAGGUCCUAGCCUUAUGGUGACGGGGAACGUCUCGGGCCCGUGUAUGUCAGGGUUCUACUACGUGACCACCCUGCCCAAGACCAAUCUUUAUCUCCUGGUCAUAGAGAACUGGAAACCAUACAGACAGAGCCUCUUCUAUAACUUCAACUGUAUGAUCACUCGCAGCCUGGUGAACUCUGGAGCAUACCGGAUCAUCAAUGGUACAUGCCAGCACCAGGAGGCUUCUACCCUGACAUUGGCCAAUCAGAACAAGUGUCCCACCCUCCGUAAUCUCCGUCUACCCUGCUCCUUCAAUGCAGGGUAUCGGGCUGCUGGUGGGGCAGCACUACUGCUACAGCUUGUGAUAGGAUACUUCUUCAUCACAUAGAUAUCUAGUGAAUAGUUUGGGAGAAUUGCAGACAGACAUCAAAUUCUCAAAAUUUCUCAAUUUCUUACUCAUAUGGGUGCACUAUUUACAUCCUGUGUACCAGUAUAGUGAAAUUCUGAUUAUUUUAUAUUUUGAAUACAUUUUGGUUUCUAUAUAUUUUUACAUAUUUUUUGUUCAUUGUAUUUGAUAAGGUCAUUAAAUAUGCAAAGAAAACAGUUGAGUACAUGUUAAAAAGUAGAGAAAUUACUCAAGUACAUUUCUCAUUUGUAAGGAACUUUUUAAAAAAAAUUACGAUAAAUCUAUAUCAAUAUAAUCUAUGACAGAAUAUCAUUCCAACAGAGUAACUUUUUAAAUUUUGAACCUUGCUACACUGUUAAGUAAUUACUUGUAUUUUUUGAAACUGCGGCCUGUUCUCAUUAUUGUAAUAACAGACUGGUUCGCAUUAUUGUAAUAACAGACUGGUACUCAUGAUUGUGAUAACAGACUGGUACUCAUGUUUGUGAUAACAGACUGGUACUCAUGAUUGUGAUAACAGACUGGUACUCAUGAUUGUGAUAACAGACUGGUUCUCAUGAUUGUGAUAACAGACUGGUACUCAUGAUUGUGAUAACAGACUGGUUCUCAUGAUUGUGAUAACAGACUGGUUCUCAUGAUUGUGAUAACAGAUUGGUUCUCAUGAUUGUGAUAACAGACUGGUACUCAUGAUUGUGAUAACAGACUGGUACUCAUGAUUGUGAUAACAGACUGGUACUCAUGAUUGUGAUAACAGACUGGUACUCAUGAUUGUGAUAACAGACUGGUACUCAUGAUUGUGAUAACAGACUGGUACUCAUGAUUGUGAUAACAGACUGGUACUCAUAAUUGUGAUAACAUACUUGCAUCAACAAUUUUAAUGCUCUUGAUUCUAAUGGUAGGUUCACCAUUUUGAAUCUGAACAUUGUGAAUGCAUGUUUUUCUAUUUACUUUGUUUUUUUAGAUGUCAGUAAUAUUUUUGUUAUCUGUUCUUGUAGGGUUGUCUUUCGAAAUACUUUAUCAGUAUUAUCAAAUCCAGAUAGCAUUCUCUGUAGUUACUGGGCAACUUUGUCAUGCCCAGACUAAUGUUUUAGUGGGAUUAUAGAUUAUGGAGUGUCCAUCCAUCCAUCCAUCCAUCAAUCCAUCCUUCCUUUCUGCUGCCAUAACUAUAUAUCUACUUCGCAGGCAAUUACUGGAACUUAUGUCAAAUGUGUAUAACCAUAGUGCACUGGUGUACGCGCAAGAUUCACCAGGAUCGGGUCAGUAGCUCAAGAGUAAUUGUCCUUUUAUUUAAUGAAUUAUUUCAAUGAUAUAAAAUGUCGGUCCUGAGCCAACACUAUGUAACUUUGUUAAGAGUAAGUUAUACAAAUUUUGUAAAGUGUGGAUAGUUACAGUGGGGCAGUGCAUACACAGCAUUCAUCAUUAUUGGGUCAAAAUUGAGUUAUUGCCCUUUAAAGGGAAGUGCUCUUGUUUUGGGACCAAAUAUAAGAUUUCCCAGUAAUGCAUCUGAAAACACUUAUUUUAUCAUUAUUUAACUAUGAUUUCAAAAUUGCAGGAAAAAUGCAAUUAAAGUAUGAAAAAAGUAUUUUUGUUUUAGUGGGGUGCGAACCAACGCCAGUAAAGUUAAGAAGUAAUCAGAUAACAAUGCCUUAUCCAUAAGGCCAUUAGGCCUAAUACAACAUUAUAUGGAUAGUUUAACCUUUUAAGAAUACAUUGAUAACAUCAUGUGAUAAUGUCAAUCAAACAAUCACGCAACAAUGAAAUCACUCAAUGCCGUUAAUAAUGUGAUUGAAAAUUGUGGUAUUAAAGACAAUAGUUGAUAUGCAAAUAUCAACAUUUGCUGAAGUGUUCCAGCUGUCUCUUAGUUUUAACACUCCUGAUGUUUUACCACUCUUUAUUUCAUUAAAAAAGGGGCAUUUUACAAACCAUGAGUAAGUCCCUUUAUAUAAAUGAAAGAAGUCUAAUGUUGGCCAUUAAAUUGACAUGAAAUGUGUAUAACUACAGUGUGAUGUGGUUUGCAAAUCAGGCCAGGAAUGCAAAAGUUUCCCUUUUAUUGAUAAAAAGAGCACUCAUUUGGCCAUUGAGAGUCUUUUAUAUAUAACUAAUUGGCAGAAAUAAGUGAAACUUACAUGCUGUUUGUACUACCAUGGUGCAUUGGUGUACGCACAUGUUUAUCAAGAAUGGAUCUGUGCCGUUUUUAAAUUACUUGAACUUGUUCUUCUGAAGCGAUAGCUAUGUUUUUGCUGAAUAUAAUUAUAUGAAGCAAACAUCAAUGAAUACUCAAAACUUUGAGCUCACCACAGCAAAUCUCAUAUUGAAGUUUCUUCCCAAUUUAAAUCAUAAUUACUUUUUAUUUGAAAUAAAAAAAAUCUUAGGCUUAAAUUGGAGUCUAGAAAUAUUUAAUUCCCAAUCAAAAUCAUACACGAGGAAUUUUUAUCAUUUAUCAUU